CGCCCCCGCCCCCGCCCUUCUCUAGCCGGCCUCUCCUCCUUCUGGUACUUCUCGGAGCAGAGAACCUCAGCAGCCGUGCGCGCUCUGCACCUAUGGAGAUCCCUGGGAGCCUGUGCAAGAAAGUCAAGCUGAGCAAUAACGCGCAGAACUGGGGGAUGCAGAGAGCAACUAAUGUUACCUAUCAAGCCCACCAUGUGAGCAGGAACAAGAGAGGUCAGGUGGUGGGGACCAGAGGUGGCUUUCGUGGUUGCACAGUUUGGCUAACAGGCUUAUCUGGAGCAGGGAAGACAACAGUAAGCAUGGCUUUGGAGGAGUACUUAGUGUGCCAUGGUAUUCCGUGUUAUACCUUGGAUGGUGACAAUAUUCGUCAGGGUCUCAAUAAGAAUCUUGGGUUUAGUCCUGAAGACAGGGAAGAGAAUGUUCGACGCAUUGCGGAAGUUGCUAAGCUAUUUGCAGAUGCCGGCCUAGUGUGUAUCACAAGUUUUAUAUCACCUUAUACUCAGGAUCGCAACAAUGCAAGGCAAAUUCAUGAGGGUGCAAGUUUACCUUUUUUUGAAGUAUUUGUUGAUGCUCCUCUGCAUGUUUGUGAACAGAGGGAUGUUAAAGGACUGUACAAAAAAGCACGGGCUGGAGAAAUUAAAGGUUUCACAGGGAUUGAUUCUGAAUAUGAAAAACCAGAGGCCCCUGAAUUGGUGCUGAAAACAGACUCCUGUGAUGUAAACGACUGCAUUCAGCAAGUUGUGGAACUCCUACAAGAAAGGGACAUUGUACCUGUGGAUGCUUCUUACGAAGUAAAAGAACUGUAUGUGCCAGAAAAUAAACUUCAUUUGGCAAAAACAGAUGCAGAAACGUUACCGGCACUGAAAAUUAAUAAAGUAGAUAUGCAGUGGGUGCAAGUUUUGGCUGAAGGUUGGGCAACACCACUGAAUGGCUUUAUGAGAGAGAGGGAGUACUUGCAGUGCCUUCAUUUUGAUUGUCUUCUUGAUGGGGGUGUCAUUAACUUGUCAGUACCUAUAGUUCUGACAGCUACCCAAGAAGAUAAAGAGAGGCUGGAUGGCUGCACAGCAUUUGCUCUGAUGUAUGAGGGCUACCGCGUGGCUAUUCUUCGUAAUCCAGAGUUUUUUGAGCACAAGAAGGAAGAGCGCUGUGCCAGACAGUGGGGGACCACGUGCAAGAACCAUCCCUACAUCAAGAUGGUUAUGGAACAAGGAGAUUGGCUGAUUGGAGGAGAUCUUCAAGUCCUGGACCGAAUUUAUUGGAAUGAUGGUCUUGAUCAGUAUCGUCUUACUCCCACUGAGCUAAAGCAGAAGUUUAAAGAUAUGAAUGCUGAUGCUGUCUUUGCAUUUCAAUUACGCAAUCCGGUGCACAAUGGACAUGCUCUAUUAAUGCAGGACACUCAUAAGCAGCUCCUGGAGAGAGGCUACCGGCGCCCUGUCCUUCUCCUUCACCCUCUUGGUGGCUGGACAAAGGAUGAUGAUGUUCCUUUGAUGUGGCGUAUGAAGCAGCAUGCUGCAGUGCUGGAGGAAGGAGUCCUGAAUCCUGAAACAACAGUGGUGGCCAUCUUCCCAUCUCCUAUGAUGUAUGCUGGACCAACUGAGGUCCAGUGGCAUUGCAGAGCACGAAUGGUUGCCGGUGCCAAUUUUUACAUUGUUGGACGAGACCCUGCUGGCAUGCCUCAUCCAGAAACAGGGAAGGAUCUCUAUGACCCAACUCAUGGUGCCAAAGUGCUGACAAUGGCCCCUGGCCUAAUCACCUUGGAAAUAGUUCCCUUUAGAGUGGCAGCUUACAAUAAAAAGCAGAAGUGUAUGGACUACUAUGACUCUGAACACCACGAAGACUUUGAAUUUAUUUCAGGAACACGAAUGCGCAAACUUGCCCAAGAAGGCCAGAAACCUCCUGAGGGUUUCAUGGCUCCCAAGGCUUGGACUGUGCUGAUGGAGUACUACAAAACUUUAGAGAAAGUUUAAGCUGUUAACCUACUCACUCCACCUUUGACACUUCACUGAUAAACACACAGGGACCACACAGUCACUGUGGGCCUUGCUUUGUGGUGGCGUAUGUCUGGAAGCACUUCUUAAAAACAGACCGUUUUCCUUAACUAGCAUCAGUUUUCGUCUGCCUCAUGAUUUCUGUUUUGAACUAGUGUAACACACUGCCAGUUUUAAUGUAUCUUUUCCAUUUAUUAUAGCUAAUACUCCUUCAAUAUGAUUUUAAAAUCUUGUCUUUUUAUAUUAUAUGUAUGUUUCUGUCUUACGAUUUUUUCAAGCUGUUAUCUUGGUCGUAACCAGUAGUACACACAUCGAAUCUUACUUUUCAUCCCUUUAAAGAAAAGAAAAAGCCACUAAACAAUAAACUUGGCUAGAGCUUGUUUUGGAAUUUUACAAGACAUCUGUGGCAAUUAUAUUUUUUUCUACACUGCAAAUAUGAACUGCCUUUCUUCCUUCCAGUCAGCUAUUGAUCUCUCAGCUGUUAUAAUUUAAACUAUUCUUAUGAUCUGUGUAAGCCCUGCAUGAACUUUCUCUAUUCAAUAAAGUUAGAUUUUUGGCUUAUUUACCUGAUAA